AUGCACGCAGAUGCCUUAGCAUUCAUAUCAUCUAUGCUGAGGGACAGAAGUACCACCUCUGUGAAAAUUUGGAGGAUAUAUGAACCUUCGAUAGAAGGACCAAUCUCAGGAGUUGAAGAAUCCUUGUCCGUCCAAACUCGGGCCAUGAGGGAAACAGAAAAUGAGAAAGAAUACGAAAGGGUAGAACCAGAUAAUAAAGCCGACGAGUCUGACAAAGACCAGUCCAUGUCGGACGAAAGCAACAAAGACGAAGCGGAAAACGAUUGGAGAAUCCCGAUUCAUCAGUAUCUUGACAAAGAUACCUUACCAGCAGAUAUCAAAGAAGCUCGGAAGAUGGAGUCAAAAGCAGCGAUGUACAACCUACUUAAUGGGAUGCUGUACAGAAGGUCAUUUCUCGGACCUCUAAUGCGGUGCCUAUCACAAACCGAAGGUAGAAGAAUACUGCAUGAUAUAUAG